AUGGGUAUACAGACCCUGGAGAUAGGUAUACAGACUCUGGUCAUUGGUAUGCAGACCCUGGUGAUAGUAUCAUUCCGCAUUACUAGUUUCCAUUAUAUAUUCCGAAUUUCCUCUCUGCUGUUUUCCGAUCUCGAUGGAAAUUUAUUUCACGCAUGCGCUCUGCCUGGUUAUAGAGGCUGGUUACGAGAUCCAAAACAGCAUACAUAUUAUACCUCGGCCAUCGCCUGGGUAGCGUUACUGGGCAUUAUUUCACAACUGCAAACAGCCCAAGCAAUUCAGUGUUACCAGUGUGACAGCAAUGAAGAUUUAUCAUGUCCAUCCUACGAGGCCUUUGAUAAAGAAGUCAAUGCACCCAUCAACUGCAACAGCUUCGAGGCCAACACCCCUGGCCAGUUCUGUAUGAAAAUCACCCAGGAGAGUCCAGGAUGGAGAGGUUGGAAAAAGAUCACAAGAAGAUGUGGGUCAAGGACAGACCAGGGGGUGGCAUGGGGUUGCCGUUGGCAGUGGGACACAGUAGGUGUAUUUAAGGAGAUCUGCUACUGUGAAUCGAACAAUUGUAACGGAGCUGGACAAGUGAAGAUGUCCUUUGCAGCUGUUGUCAUGGUUUUUAUUGGAUGUUUGCUUCAAAGAUUCCUAUAACCACAGCAUCUCUAUCUAGAGUCAGAUUCAGCAUUCCUUAACUGAAAUUUAUCUGAAUAAAAUUCAUUUCAUCCAGGUUUAAUUUAUCUAGGUUUGACAGAAAAUAGGAAAUUUGUUGAUAGAUUAUCAUGAAAUUUGAAAUUUACUUAAAAAUCUUUAGUUAUGUAUGAAGUAUAUUGGUUAGUUAGUAGUAUUGAAAGAAAAGGCGAUGUGAUUAAAAAGCAUCCCCAUCACUUUUUCGCUAUGCAAACCUGUAAACAUUGGUUUAUUUAGUGGUUUAAAUUAUUUACACCUUAGCAAUCCUAUCAUUAUUGACACCCUCUUGUUUUUUCCAAUUCAAUAAGUAUACUCAAAGAAUAUUCUUGAAACAAAUUGUUUUAUCAUAAUUUAUAAUAAUUUUGAUUCAUAUUACAUGUGAUUGCAAAGAUUUUUUUUUUUCAAUUACAAACCAUGUCAUCCCAAAGAAUACUGACUCUUUUAAAUAAAAUCUUCAAAGUCCAAUAAUCCCGAAAUAAAUAUGUGAUAAAAUUUAUACACAAGAUGUUGUAUACAAGGCUGUAUAGUUGCUGUAGUGUGAAGAACAGUUAAGCAUGCUUAUGUAUCAAGUGAAUUUUGAGUGACCAUUUUAUGUAUAUCAAUGUGCAUGGUUAAAUGCUUGUAAUCAGUUAGAUGUAUGAAAGAUAAGAAAAGUUAUUGUUCACAUGGAGUGUGAGUGAUUCUAAAUGGAUGCAAGGUGUGGAAGUUGUUGCUUAAACCCAGGGGUAGCAUGUUGCCCCACACCAUAUCAAAACAUAUCAGAUGUAAAUAUUCUUUAUGCUGCGUGUAUUUUGUGUGUUUGUUAUUCCAUUUGAUGAUGAUGAAUUGUAAAAAUCCUGAUUUCUUUUUCAUUGUUGUGAUGGGAUUUUAAUUAUACAUUUGAGUUAAAAUCAAAAUCCCUUUUUAUUUAAGUGCUUUUGUCAAUUGGAGGCAAUUAUUGCAAUGUCUAAAUUGAAUUUUUUAAGUUGAUGGGGUUUAAGGAGAAACCAAAACACAGCAAUGAAGAGACAAUCAUAGUAUGAUUAGUGAGACAAGGUCCUGUAUAUAUUGAAAAUAUAUUUUGAUAUACAUACUAAUAACAUUCCAUUUGUACAUGAAUAUUUAUAGUGGAGAUGUAGAAUUUUUCAUAUUAAUCAUAUUUUGUAAAAUUUGCACAGUACAUAACCUCUCCUUUAAAAGGCCUGAAUGCAUUUGCAUUAAGGAAUGCAUGAGCAUCUAAAAUCAUGUCUCUUCAUAUAACUCAAAAAGGUGUGAUAAAAUUAAUUUUAAUAAGGAUUUAUAAAUGCAUAUGUUUACCAGUAAGAUAACCUACACAGAUAAAAGCUUACACUGUGUAGUGUAUUUGUGGCAGGACUUUCAUCUUUACUCAAAUAGUUAUUUUAUGACCAAUUUUCUAUCGGUUCCUAUAUACUAUAUUUACAAGUUGCCAAUGAUUAAAAGUUGUAAAAUAUUGCACAAUUUUGGCAUACAAAAACAAAUGGUGAAGCUGUUAUUUUUUCACAAAAACUUUUGAAAAAUGUCUUAUUUAAUUUGCAUACAACACCAUGUACAUCAAUUUGAGCAGGUAUUCCCUGUGAUUAUAUUCAUUUAUUAAUUGGAUCUUUUAAAAGAUAUCUUGUACAUUUACUGUAUUUUAUCAGCAAAAUGUAAUUUUUAGAUAAUUUUGUUUAUACAUUUAAUAAAUACAAUAUGAUAACUUU